GACAGGCAGUCGGUCAGUCACUCGCUUCGUGCUGCUGGCAAACGGCGAGAGCAGAAGCCCGUGACAUCGUCACCACAAACUGUUAAACUCAGGACGUGUCUACGGGAUUUUCUCCCCUCUUUAAAAAAACCCACCCGUUCCGCCGCCUGGACUGUAAACCGCCGAGCAGGCGCAGCGCUAACGGCGACUGAAGAGCACGCGGAGGAUUUCUCUUCCCUUUUCCCACAUUUUCGGGAAUAUUUUCAGCAAAAGAUGCCUGCUGACAUGAUGGAAAAGACCUCCUCUUCCCCGGUGGCCGCGACCCCAGCGAGCAUGAACACAACGCCGGAUAAACCCAAGACCGCUUCGGAGCACAGAAAGUCGUCCAAACCCAUCAUGGAGAAAAGGAGACGAGCCAGAAUCAACGAAAGCCUGGGGCAACUCAAAACGCUAAUCUUGGAUGCUCUGAAAAAAGACAGCUCCAGACACUCGAAGCUGGAGAAGGCGGAUAUCCUGGAGAUGACUGUGAAACACCUCAGAAACAUGCAGAGAGCGCAAAUGACUGCUGCUUUGAACACAGAUCCCACCGUUCUCGGAAAGUACAGAGCCGGAUUCAGCGAGUGUAUGAACGAGGUUACCCGAUUCCUGUCCACCUGUGAAGGGGUCGACGCAGAGGUCAGGACACGGCUGCUGGGUCACUUAGCCAACUGUAUGACGCAGAUCAACGCCAUGAACUAUCCCACGCAGCACCAGAUAGCCGCUGGCCACCCACACCCAACCUUUGGUCAGCCCAUGGUUCAGAUCCCCAGCGCAACACCACAAGCCAACGUGCUGCCCCUCAGCGGAGUACCCUGCAAGAGUGGGUCCUCUUCCAACUUGUCACCCGAAGCAACUAAAGUGUACGGAGGCUUCCAGCUUGUGCCAGCAACAGAUGGACAGUUUGCCUUUUUGAUUCCUAAUGCUGCGUUUGCGCCAAGCGGCCCCGUAAUCCCAGUGUAUGCCAACAACUCCAGCACACCCGUUCCAGCAGCAGUAUCUCCAGGAGCGCCAUCGGUCACCUCAGACUCUGUGUGGCGGCCUUGGUAGAUGCUGAGGGACUCCUAAAAACACUUUAACUACCGACACUUGUUCUGUUCGUUUAAACGUUUCAUUUUUUCGUCUUUUUGUAUGGAAAUGUGUUUUACGCAGAGAUUUAUGCACUAUAUUUGUAUAGCUCAAAAGGGAGAGAAGUUCAUAUUGAAACAAGAUUUGUAUUGUUGAUGUUUGUUCAUUGCAUUUUUUUUAUAUUUGCGGUAUCUUUUCUAAUGUUGAUGCCAAAGAUAUGUUGAAUGCUUUCAUAUGAUUCUUCUUUUUGGAAGACUAAUAAAUUUGUUUA